AUGAGGAUAGAAAAGGUCACUGGCUGUCAGAACAUGGGUGUUUUCUGUGAACCUGGUAAGAUGUAUGCUGCAUACAGUCCUCAUGUGUCUUCUGUAGUUGAUGAAUGUAAAGAGUGUGAAAAGUCUUUCACUGAGAAGACCCACCCUGUUGUCCCUCAGAGAACACACACAGGACAGAAUCCUUAUGAAUGUAAUGUGUGUCGAAAGUCUUUCACCCAAAAAUCAAAGCUUACUAGCCACGAAAGAACACACAAAACAGAGAAACCUUUUGAAUGUAACAUUUGCGGAAAGUCUUUCACCUGCAAGGCAUAUCUUACUAGACACCAGAGAACACACAGAGAGAAAAUUUAUGAAUGUAACUUGUGUGGAAAGUCCUUCACCCGGAAGUCAACUCUCACUGUCCAUCAGAUAACACACACAGGAAAGAAACCUUAUGAAUGUAACUUGUGUAGAAAGUCUUUCACCCAGAAGUCACAACUUACUGUCCACCAGAGAACACACACAGGAGAGAAACCUUAUGAGUGUAACAUUUGUGGAAAGUCUUUCACCUGCAAAGCAUAUCUUACUAACCACCAGAGACCACACACAGGAGAGAAACCUCAUGAAUGUAACGUGUGUGGAAAGUCUUUUGCCAAGAAGUCAAACCUUAUUGACCACCAGAGAACACAUACUAGAGAGAAAUCUUAUGAAUGUAACAUGUGUGGAAAAUCUUUCACCAAGAAGAUACACCUUACUGGCCACCAGAGAACACACACAGGAGAGAAACCUUAUGAAUGUAACUUGUGUGGAAAGUCUUUCACCCAGAAGUCACAACUUACUGUCCACCAGAGAACACACACAGGAGAGAAACCUUAUGAGUGUAACAUUUGUGGAAAGUCUUUCACCUGCAAAGCAUAUCUUACUAGCCACCAGAGACCACACACAGGAGAGAAACCUCAUGAAUGUAACGUGUGUGGAAAGUCUUUCGCCAAGAAAUCAAACCUUACUGUCCACCAGAGAACACAUACUAGAGAGAAACCUUAUGAAUGUAACAUAUGUGGAAAAUCUUUCACCAAGAAGAUACACCUUACUGUCCACCAGAGAACACACACAGGAGAGAAACCUUAUGAAUGUAACACGUGUGGAAAGUCUUUCACCAAUAAGUCAUACCUUACUGUCCACCACAGAACACACACAAGAGAGAAACCUUAUGAAUGUAACAUGUGUGGAAAGUCUUUCACCCAGAAGUCAAACUGCACUGUCCAUCAGAAACACACAGGAAAGAAACCUUAUCAAUGUUAUAUGUGUGGAAGGAUUGUCAGCCAGAAACUACACCUUACUGUCCACCAGAGAGCACACACAGGAGAGAAAUUUUAUGAAUGUGACUGGCAAGUGGCCAUCUUGGCGGACAAGCCAGAGAAGAUCCAGGAGGGCAGACCCUUGAGAGGCCUGCUUCGACACAUUGAGGCUCCUGAAGGAGGUAAAUCCAUGACCGUCGACUUUUACAACAAGCAAACUGGGGAGUGCCAAAAAUACACUGUUGUGGGUGAGCUGAAGGAGGAUGGGGUCUAUGUAGGACAGUACUCUGGUAUGAACACCUUUGAGGCUGUGAAGCAAAGCAAAGACAUCAUCAUCUUCUACAACGUGAAUGUGGACAAGGAAGGGCAGAUCACACGCAUGAUCCUGGUGGCAGGGAAAGGGCAGAGCUUGACAAAGCAGCAGGAGAAGAAGCUGGCCAAGUUGGCCAAGAAGAGGAACAUCCCGAUUUCCAGUAUCCAACACAUCCUGGAAACUGCCAAAGAAAAAUAUAGCAGAAUUAGAGAACCAAAUGGGUUGAGGGCCAGGUUUGUGUCUACUCACUCCAGGGAAGCUCAGUACUCCGUAGGAUACACAUCUGUGAAAAAAUGCAAGGAAGAAAAAAAACACAAGAUCAAGGGAGAUGUUCAGUAUGACCAAGUUUAUGCACACUCGAGUACAGUGCAACUAUGGUUGCUUCAAGACCAAAGGCCCCAUGAUUAUGAGGAGCCCAUGGUUCUGUGUUAUCUCGAGGGUCAGAGCCAUGAGGUGUCACAUGAGGAAUCUCAGGGGUCCUCCUUCCUGGAUCUUCGCCAGGUUGUCUGUGAGAAGGACCAGGGUGUGCCACUCCUCAUCCACCUAGAGGACAAAUGUGCCAUUGCACACCUCAGCGCCUUUCUUGUCCUUCACAUGAAAACCAUUGCAUCUUCAGAGUUAGUAGGAAGGAAAUGCAGUGCUGACACGACCCAUGAUGCAGUUGCCUUUAGCUUUUGCACUAAAGAGGAAAUCAUCAGGACCUGA